CCUCGGGACACGUGAGCGGGUGAAAGAAGAUCGGUCCGAGGGAAAAGAGUCAAAAGGACACUACCGACCAAACCCCCAUAAUCCUGGGACGCCUUGCCAGGCAAAUAGUGUGUCGGCAUGCUGCCGACACGAACAGUCCGUUUGCUUCAUCAGAGGCAGGCGUCACCCGCUAGACUGGUGUCGUUCUUACCGCAGCAGCAACAGCAGCGGCACGUCUCUGCAGUAGUCAGAAGAAAUAUGCCGCCGAGCCAAUUUGCCCACCCCGGCCAAUCACAGAUCCGGUCGCUGUCGUCACACCGCAAUGGGCCCACCCCCACCACCGAAGCCCCUCCCCCUCCUUCCUCCGAAGCUGCUGGGCUUUCCCUUUCCACCGCUGCAAAUCCCUCGACCUUAAAUUUGCGAUCGACGAGCACGGUAAAAGUUCUCUCCUCCUCUGCCUCGCGAACUGCCCAACUUGCCCGGCAUCUGUCGAGUUUUCCAUCGUCUUCUCACCAUACCCGGAGCUACAGCACAAGCUCGACCAGCAAGAUGGCCUCCCCGUAUUCUGUGCGCAAGGUCGGCGCACCUAACACGAUGGAGCACCGUGUCUACAUUGAGAAGGAUGGUGUGCCCAUUUCACCGUUCCACGACAUCCCGCUCUAUGCAAACCAGGAGCAGACUAUCCUGAACAUGAUUGUUGAGAUCCCCCGCUGGACCAAUGCCAAGCUCGAGAUCUCCAAGGACGAGCUCUUGAACCCCAUCAAGCAGGACACCAAGAAGGGAAAGCUCCGCUACGUUCGCAACUGCUUCCCCCACAAGGGUUACCUGUGGAACUACGGUGCCUUCCCCCAGACAUGGGAAGACCCCAAUGUGAUCCACCCCGAGACCAAGGCCAAGGGCGACAACGACCCGCUCGAUGUCUGCGAGAUUGGCGAGCUCGUCGGCUACACGGGCCAGGUCAAGCAGGUCAAGGUUCUCGGCGUCAUGGCGCUGCUGGACGAGGAGGAGACGGACUGGAAGGUCAUUGUGAUUGACGUCAACGACCCGCUGGCGCCCAAGCUCAACGACGUCGAGGACGUUGAGCGCCACCUGCCGGGCCUGCUGCGCGCCACCAACGAGUGGUUCCGCAUCUACAAGAUCCCGGACGGCAAGCCCGAGAACCACUUUGCCUUUACCGGCGAGUGCAAGAACAAGAAGUACGCCAUGGAUGUCGUGCACGAGUGCAACGAAGCCUGGGAGAAGCUUAUUACAGGCAAGACGGCGCCUGGCGGUAUUGCCACCACCAACCUCACCGUUGGCCAUUCGGUCAGCCGCGUCUCGCCCGACCAGCUGCCGCCCAUCCCCCAGCACCAGGAGCUGCCGCCCGCGCCCAUUGACAGCUCCAUCGACAAGUGGUUUUUCAUCAGCGGUGCUUCUGCUUAGAUCACGGAACCGAGAUCUGGGGCAUGCACGGUACAUAGAGAUCAUGUCGCAGAAAACAACGCCUUUCUGCUUACAUAGCUAGGGUACUUGAAAAGAUGGAUAUCGUGUGUAAUCAACAGCGACCGCUCAGAUGUUCUGCCUCUCAGCCGACCUGCUGAGAAUCCCAACGGUGCUUAUGAGUCCGGUGGUUGUAGUAGUGAUGGUAUAUAUUCCCGCCUCUGAUAAAUCAAGCUCUUAACGCCUCCCAAUGCUUCUAGCGUGGACGUAGACAUACA